UCAGACACAACCUACAGGAGCUAUGGUCAGGAAGCAGAGAACGGCCCCCGGACUACACAAGCACUGCGAGAAAUGCUUCAGCCGGUACUGCCAAGCUCCAGUGGUGCCGGCCGUCUCUUGCUUGGUGAUCAGCUGUCGCGCCCACUGCGGCGCAGCCUUCCACAUGUGUAAAGAGGAGGAGCAUCAGCUCCUGUGCCCUCUGGAGCAAGUCCCCUGCCUCAACUCGGCCUACGGCUGCCCGUUCACCAUGGCCCGCUUUAAAGUGGCCAAGCAUCUCCAGGCCUGCCCCGCCAGCGUCGUCUGCUGCUCUAUGGAGUGGAACCGUUGGCCGAGCGAGGACUCCGGAGGUGUUCUGCAUAAGAACAUUGUGAAGGAGCAGCUCGGCGCAGAAUGCUUGGAUGUAGCUCUGGCUCUAAGGGAUCAAAAGGCUCUCUUUGGCACCCUGAAAAUGGCCCAGCUUUUCCCAGAGUGCCAAGAACCUUGUGCCGCAGAUGAGGGAAAAGCCACAGACGACGAAUAUCCGGGGGAAGGAGCUGCUGGCCAAGGAACAGGUCAAGCCGAUGAGAACGACGUCCCGCAGCUUAGCCAGGAAGAGCGCGAGAAUUUGGCCAAGGGCAAAGAAGGGAUGGACCUGGCCGGUUACACAGCCUGGGAAAACAUGUUUAGUAAAGAGCUGAAGGCUUGCAAAGUAACAGCCUCCUUGGCUGAUGACAGGGCGAAAGGGCAAGACAGCCGCUCCACAAACGCAGGCCAGGCGUCCCGUGAGAGUGCGCGAGAAAAGCAACCGGAAGUAGUUAGUGGGGCGGGCGACAGUGGCGAAACCCAGCUCUCUCCUCCAGUGAACUUAGCCGCAGAAAGGACGGGCUUUGCCCCUUGGCAGGAUGGUGUCCUGGAGAGACUAAAAACGGAGGUUCCGGUGGGAGAUUAUAAUAUGUAUCUGGUCCACCACGGGAGGAUGCUAAUCCAUUUUGGCCAGAUGGCCGCUUGCACCCCCAAAGAGAAGGACUUCGUCUACGGCAACCUGGAACCUCAGGAGGUGAAAACCGUGACCACCUUCCGGGUUCCAGUCAGCUACUGUGGCAAAAGAGCUCGCCUUGGGGAUGCUGUGGCGCACAAGAAGCCAACGAAGAGUGUCCUUGUGGAUACUUCCGACAUGGGUAUAAGCCCGGAGGAGCUUCCAAAAUCGGACACUGUCCGAACGACGCUGCUGUGUGCCCUGGAGAAAGAGCUGAAGGGUCACGAGGUCUCCGAGACAAGGAGCACCGAUGCCCUGUACGUGGAUUUUGGGACACAGACGUACAGCUUUGCCAAGGAACCUUUCUCUUCCGCGGCUGUCCUAGCGGACAUCCUGGAUGCCGAAGAAUCUUCAGUCCUGCACAUGCAGCUUCACAGCGAGAGCGUGACCCGGAGGCACAACAAGAGCAGCUCGGCUUUCACCUUCUCCUGCAACCACUUUUUCCGGCGAGACGAGUUCCCCUCGCAUUUCAAGAACGUCCACGCUGAUAUCCAGACUUGCCUGGAUGGCUGGUUCCAGCGCCGCUGCCCACUGGCCUACCUGGGGUGCACGUUUGUUCAGCAUCCCUGGUGCCCCGCUGGGCAGAAGUCCCGCAUAAUCUACAGCCAGCAUCUCAAGACGUUUGCUGUGAAGCCCCAGGUUCACUCCGCCCUCUCGGAAACUAAGCAGUGCUGCUCGACGAGGAAUAACCGCGGGAAAGAAACGGACGCUCUGAGCAGCCUCCCCCUAGAGAUCCUGAGUUACAUCGCUGGGUUUUUGGAUAGCUUCAGCUUGUCCCAGCUGGCUCAGGUGUCGGUGCUCAUGAGGGAAAUCUGCGCCACCCUGCUGCAAGAGAGAGGAAUGGUCUUCCUACUGUGGGAAAAGAAGAGAUAUUCCCAUGGGGGAACCUCGUGGAGAGUCCGCAGAAAGGUUUGGCAGUUCAGCAGUCUGUUCUCCACCAUUAAGAACUGGCAGUUCAGCGAUGCUCCUUCCAUGGCUGCGCACCUAAAGACCUGCCCUUUUUACGAGGUGGAGCGCCAGACGGACCCUGUCCAGCUGACCAACAUGUUCUCAUCGGGGGAGCUGAGGCAAGAGAGCUUGGUGUCCACGUUCAUGCGCAAAUCCGGCUCCAAGAAGCUGCAGAGAAGGUUGCGCUAAUUUCAGGGCGCGAGUGUGUGGCUGCGUACCGGUUUUGUUCUGAAAAUCAACCCUGCAGACUUUGGCAGCUGUCUAGGGGAACCCAUUACACGUUCUCGGUCUCUCUUCAUAGUUCAAGAGAAAAAUCUCAGCUGUGUCGAGACCUAAGCUAAUGGCUUUUGAAAGUUGAGGAGGGCAAUUCCAGAA